CAGAGUACAUGGGGGCACUCGGCAGCCAUGGUGCUCGACGCUCUGGCGCGCAUCGUCAAGGUGCAGCUGCCCGCCUACCUCAAGCGCAUCCCCCUGCCCAGCUCCCUGCACGGAUUCACUCAGCUCACCGUUGUAGAAUGGCUGCGGCUGCUGCCGUUUCUCGGUGUCCUGGCACUGCUGGGGUACCUGGCCAUUCGGCCCUUCAUUUCCCGGAAGAAGCAGCAGAAGGAUAGCUUGAUCAACCUGAAGAUCCAGAAGGAAAAUCCCAAGGUGGUGAAUGAGAUCAACAUCGAGGACCUGCAGUUCACCACGGCAGCCUACUGCCGGUGUUGGCGAUCCAAGACGUUUCCUGUAUGUGACGGGUCUCACAAGAAGCACAAUGACCUGACCGGAGAUAACGUGGGUCCAUUGAUAAUUAAGAAGAAAGAAGUAUAAACAUUUUUAUUUUCUUUAGUACUGUGAUGUGUUGAUCAUGUGAUGUAAAGAUUUUCUAAACUGCAAUCUUGAAUAUUCACUGUCCAGUAAAUAUACCUUUACAAGUUGUAAAGCUUUGUCACUAACGUCAGUUGUAACUAUAAUUGGUGCAUUCGAUGGUUUUUCAUUAAAAAAUUACUGAUUAAACCUG